CAAGUAAAAUAAAGUUUUAGAUUGGAGUGUCCACUGUUUUCCUUUGAGCAAAAUAUAACCAAAGGCUAAUUUUCAUAAUGAUAAAUCAGGAUAAACUAGUCAAAAUAAAGAGGAAGAUAUUUUGAAGUGUUAAAUAAUUAAAGAGACUUUAUAUUAUGAAGUUUAAAGUAAUAAAGACAUUAUGAAGUUUAAAGAAGUAUACUAUGUUUUGGCCUACUACUCUGUUUUAUCUGUUGUUUUUGCAAGUCCUAUACUUAGGCUUACUGAUCACAUUGAACAAUGUCAAGUAAUUGGAAACUUCACAGACGAAUCUAAUAUUAAAAGAAUAGCAGACACAUCAUGGUUAAAUGGUUGUACUGGGAAUAAAUUUAUAACAGGAGUUUGGUCAGAAGAUGUCACUGGAAGAUUUGUCAAAGCAAAGUGCUGUGGCAAUUUAACAGACAAUCAAUUUACUUGGGAAAUAAGAGAUUUAUCUUUUUUUCAUAAAGGAAGUUCUAAAGUUAAUGAAAAGUGGAAUAUUGAAUGUAAUAAACAUGCCAUAAUUACAGGUUUUAGAUUUGCUGCAGACAAUUUUAUUUUUCUAAGCUCAGUACGGUGUUCGUUACUCAUUGACAAAUUUGUAGAUAAAAACGAUUGCCAACUUUUAGAGUUUAACCAAAAACCGGAUCUACGUACAGGCUACAAAGAUAAAUGGCAAUAUGAAUGUCCAACGGGAUUUGGCAUGGUAGGAUUGUAUGAUGACCAAUCAUUUAUGUCAAUAAAGAAGGCAAAAUGUUGUAACAUAACAGAUCAGGAAAUUAAACCAGGUUGGAAAAGUAAUUUUUUUGACAAUUUAGCAGGUUAUGCUCAAGAUAAUAAUAACUACGAUUUUGAAUUAGAACCUGAAGGUCAUUUAGUCACAAAUAAAGGUAGAUCUUUUAAUCCCAAAGGAGGCUCUACUUUAACUACUCGAAUUAUUUCACCUGGAUUUUCAUCUACUCCGUUUUGUUUUUCUAUUACACAAGUAAUGGCUGGAAAUGGUGUCACUAAUAUUUACUUAAGAAAUAAUUCAACUGAUUUGCUGAUAAAACAAAUAAAGCCAAAUAUAAAAGCUUAUCCUGAAAUAUUUGAUAUAAUAAUCAAACCAUCUUCUCGCUCGCAGCUUGUAAUCGAAUCAAUAUUAACUAAAGGAAUCUAUUCAAUAGUAGAUUUACAAAUAAAGGAAGAAGAAAUUUGCAAAUUGAAUUGUUUAAACUGUACAAUCAAUGAAGAAUGUCUUCAGCAAGUUGAUAAAUCAAAGUGUGUUUGUAAGACAAAUUUUGUGAGAGACGAUAAUGGAACUUGUGUUUUUGCACCUCACUCAACCAAAAAUCCCAUAAGUGGUAUUUCCAAAGGACCUGGUGUUGAUGAUUUUAGUCAUACAAAGUCAACGGUUACUAAAAACAAUAUUUUAUCAACUUUCAGCGAUAAAUCUACACUUCCUUUUAAAUCUGUGGAAAAAAAUGAUAAUCUUACAUUAGCAGUAAUAGCUGGAGUUUUUAGUGCUGUUGCCCUUUUGGUAAUCUUUCUAGCAGUUUACUUGUGCUUUCGAAAUAAUAUUCCUAUAAAGUUGAAGCGCAUGAGUUCUUUUGAAUUACAAUUGCAUGAGAUUGAAAAAAUUGGGGAAAUUGGUUAUGCAAAUGCAAAAUUUUCGUCACAUCAAGUGUCAAUGGAUUCUGUUACUUCUGUCUCCAACAGUUUUUAUCGUUCUUAUAUGAACAAUAUUGGAUCUGUGGAAGAAAUUUCUACACCGACUGUAGAAAUAGUGAACAGAUCAAGCUUAGUUUCUGUUAAGGUUGAUCGCACUGGAGAAGAACCUAUAUACACAAGAAUUAAACAAUCUCAUAAUCAAAAGGAAGCAAGUUUUUUAAACCAGAAUUUUAUUAUGAAUGACACAGAGGAUGAAGGAAAACAAUCAAACCACUUGGUGAGUUUUUCUGAACCUGAGUAUGGAGAUUCUGUUUAUAAUGAGGAUCUUUCUUCAGCAGAGUUUUGUAUGCCUGGUAGUGACGAAGAAGAAUUGCUUACAGGUUUGCAUGAAAUUGAUAAAGAAUCCAUUGAUAUAACUGCUAAAGUUCUAGGACAAGGAGCAUUUGGUCUGGUGAAGUUAGCAAUAUUAUCAUCAGUCAAAGGUAAAAGCCAAGUUGCUGUUAAAAUUUUGAAAAAAGGAUAUGGAUCUAGUAUCUCCUAUGAAGAUCGAGUUUCAUUCUGGCAAGAAGCAGCUAUUAUGAGUCAGUUUGAUCAUCCUAAUGUCAUUUCUUUCUAUGGAGUAUUGGUUGGAAAAAUACCUAGGAUGGUUGUUGAGUAUUUGCCACGUGGGAACCUUUGGAAAUUCCUGAAAACUGCUCAAAGAUUGAGAAAAGCAAAAGGAGUUCAUACAAUUAAUCAGGAUUUACAUAAAUUGUUUUUGCGAAUGGCAAGAAAUAUCAAUGCUGGAAUUACCUAUUUAGCAAGUUUGAAGUUUGUACACAGGGAUCUUGCUGCAAGGAAUAUAUUGCUUGAUUCAGAUUUGACAUGCAAAAUAGCAGAUUUCGGGCUGUCAAGACAUUUUUUAUCAGAAGAACAAUAUUAUUUAAGUAAUGGUGGCCGAAUUCCUGUUAAAUGGACGGCUCCAGAGGCACUUCAGUUUAAUAAAUACUCUUCCAAAUCUGAUGUCUGGAGCUAUGGCAUUGUUCUGUGGGAAAUUUGGUCUAUCGGAAUACCCCCCUAUGGAAAUUGGUGUAACGACAAGGUUAUAAAAGAAGUUUGUGAAAACAACUAUCGUCUUCCAGCUCCUUCUGGUGUUCCUAACUAUAUAUAUAAGCUAAUGCUGGACUGCUGGAAUUUCGACAAAAAUAAACGACCUUCAUUCUCGCAAAUCAAGUUUAGUUUAAGGAAAGACGAUGAUCAAAUUCUUGGAAAAAAUCAUUCUGCUAUAGUUGAAAGGGUACGAUCAUUGACAUUUCCUUCCAAUAAACAAGAAGUCGAUUCGUUUGAAAACAACAUCUCGUUUUAGAAAUGAUUUAUAUGAAUAGUCUCCUUUAUAUUAUCCCUUUACUGUUCAUAAAAGUGCAUCCCUCUCCUAAAAUACCAAAAUGUAUUUUUUCUUAUGUUUUAUGGUUGUUUUAAAAAAAGAAAGUUUUAUGUAUUUAAUGUUUGUGAAAGCUUAUUAUAUUAAAUCUAUAGCUUGCAUAUAUACUAUGUAUAUACUCAUAUUUUAUCAUAUU